CAGUUCCAACCUGAAGAUCACACUAGACACACCAAUCAGUGCAAUUUCUGACCAAAAAUAUUUCGGGAGAAAAUAGUUUGUGAUCAUUGUGAUAUUGUGUGCUUAAUUUCAUUUCAAAAUGAAACUGUUAAAUUUUGUGAAUUUUGCCAUCAUCCUGCCCUUUAUCCUGAUCAUUCAAGCUGAUGAGUAUCACUCAAGUGGAAGUGAAUGGAAAACGAGAAAAACACGUGCCACCAACAAUGGUGAAUUAUUGGCAGAUUUUUGGAAUUUUGAUGCUCAACAUCGACUUCUGCAUCAAUUGUCCAUCAGACCUAAUCACAAUAUUGCUAAGAAUGUUAUCUUCUUCCUGGGCGAUGGAAUGUCUGUGGCAACUCUGGCUGCCAGCAGAAUGUACCUGGGACAACUUCAAGGGCAAAGUGGUGAAGAAUCUCGUCUCUUCUUCGAAGAUUUCCCCUAUACAGGAUUAGCAAAGACUUAUUGCGUGGACAUGCAAGUAGCCGAUUCCGCGUGCACAGCUACAGCUUAUUUGACGGGCGUGAAGGCCAACUACGGGACCCUAGGUGUUACAGCUGCUGUAAAGCGUUUCAACUGUUCCAGUUCCCAGGAUCCUGCCAAUCACGUGAACAGUCUGGCGACCUGGGCCCAGAGAGCCGGCAAGGGAACGGGUGUCGUGACAACUGCACGCGUGACCCAUGCCUCUCCAGCCGGAGUUUACGCGCACACAGCGAAUCGAGACUGGGAAUCAGAUGCUGAUGUCACGAAGGCAAAUGAAAAUCCCAAGAUGUGCCAAGACAUUGCUAGUCAGUUGAUCAACAACGAUCCCGGACGAAAGCUAAAAGUCAUUAUGGGCGGAGGACGAAAUAAAUUCCUGCCCAAGGGCACGGUAGAUGAGCAGGGUAGCAAGGGAGAGCGUGUAGAUGGCGUGAAUCUUGUGCAUGAGUGGCUUCUGCAGAAGAAACGCCGACCAGCAGCUUACGUGUCUGACCGCAAGGGGCUCAUGAAUGUAGACUUCAACAAUACUGAAUACCUUUUGGGACUCUUUUCUCCCGAUCACAUGGACUUCAAUCUCGAGGCUAAGCACGAGGAACAACCGUCUCUGGCUGAAAUGACCACAGCUGCCAUUGAGAUGCUGUCCAAGGAGAAACGUGGGUACUUUUUGUUUGUGGAAGGAGCCCGAAUUGACAUGGCGCAUCACAAAUCAAAGGCUCACCUUGCCCUGGAUGAAACCGUUCAAUUUGCCGAAGCUGUGCGUCUAGCCACGGAACUCACAAAUUCCCGCGAUACUCUGAUAAUCGUCACAGCAGAUCACAGUCACACAAUGACAAUUUCUGGCUAUGCACAGAGAGGAAACAAUAUCCUGGACUUCAACACUCAGAAAAGCAACGUUGAUAAUCUUCCCUAUACAACUCUGAUGUAUGCUAAUGGACCCGGAGCUACUACACGCACAAAUUUCACAGAUCCCGAAAAACUCGCCAAAAUGGACCCAACGACCAAUAAUUUUGUCUAUCCAGGGCAUGUCCCCUUGAAGGACGAAACACACGGAGGGGACGACGUAGCUGUUUUUGCCAAUGGACCAUGGGCUCACUUAUUUGUAGGUCUCUAUGAGCAGAAUCUCAUUCCACAUGCAAUUGCCUACGCCUCGUGCAUUGGGGAUGGCCUGAGUGCUUGCAGAAGAACUUCAGCCACAUACCGGCGGAAACAUUGGACAAAUCCUUCAACAGUUGUGCAUUAAAAGAAACCCCAAAGAUCCCACGCGUACGAAGAGAUUGUUAUUUUUGAGGAAAAAUCGUUGUUAUGAUUUUAAAGAACAAAAAACAUGUGUAAAUAGCUUUUUUUAAAUUAAUUUUAAGUAUUUAAAUUAUUUCUAGAUGUUUUUUUUUUGUUGAUUUAGGAAACUAUGAGAAAUAAACCAUUUUACAGAA